GUCACUCUAUUUUCUGUUUUUCGCUUCAUUCUUCAGUUUUUGAGGGUUUUGGGUUUAGACGCGAACUGCUCCAAGUUCCAACCCUUACAAGGGUAGUCUGUGCAAAGCCGAUCGCAACAGUAAGCAUCUGCUGCGGCCAUUGAACUUGUUCAGUCACUCCGGGUUUAACUAGAAACCGAGUUCCAUACGCAACAACCCCAGUGUUUGGGAAGAAAAGACAGAUGGAGAAAGAUAAAAUGAGGAUUGAAGAGGUCCAAUCCACUGCAAAGAAGCAGAGAAUCGCUACUCAUACUCACAUUAAAGGCAUUGGCCUUGAGGCCAAUGGAAAGGCAAUUCCUUUAGCGGCUGGCUUUGUGGGCCAGGUGGAGGCAAGAGAAGCAGUUGGUCUUGUUGUUGAUAUGAUAAAGCAAAAAAAGAUGGCUGGUCGGGCCCUCUUACUAGCAGGGCCUCCUUCAACUGGGAAGACAGCAUUGGCCCUUGGUAUUUCCCAGGAGCUUGGAAGCAAGGUUCCCUUCUGUCCAAUGGUAGGCUCAGAAGUUUAUUCUUCAGAAGUGAAGAAAACUGAGGUUCUAAUGGAACAUUUUCGACGGGCUAUUGGCCUUCGCAUCAAGGAAAACAAGGAGGUGUAUGAAGGAGAGGUAACUGAACUCUCCCCAGAAGAAACUGAGAGUGUGACAGGGGGCUAUGGUAAAAGCAUUAGCCAUGUAAUUAUUGGAUUGAAAACUGUCAAAGGAACCAAGCAACUGAAGUUGGAUCCCACUAUUUAUGAUGCCUUGAUUAAGGAGAAGGUAGCUGUUGGAGAUGUUAUAUACAUCGAAGGUAACAGUGGAGCUGUCAAAAGGGUGGGUAGAAGUGAUGCUUUUGCUACAGAAUUUGACCUUGAAGCAGAAGAGUAUGUUCCACUUCCAAAAGGAGAGGUUCACAAAAGGAAGGAGAUAGUCCAGGAUGUAACAUUGCAUGACCUUGAUGCUGCAAAUGCACGUCCUCAAGGUGGGCAAGAUAUAUUGUCUCUGAUGGGUCAGAUGAUGAAGCCUAGAAAGACAGAAAUCACUGAAAAAUUACGGCAAGAAAUAAACAAGGUUGUGAACCGAUAUAUUGAUGAAGGCGUGGCAGAGCUCGUCCCUGGAGUUCUAUUUAUUGACGAGGUACAUAUGCUGGAUAUGGAGUGUUUUUCAUACUUGAAUCGUGCUCUGGAGAGCUCUUUGUCUCCAAUUGUAAUAUUUGCUACAAAUAGAGGAAUUUGUCACGUAAGAGGGACUGAUAUGAAUAGUCCUCACGGCAUUCCUGUUGACUUGUUGGACCGGCUGGUGAUUAUCCGAACACAAAUUUAUGGUCCUGCUGAGAUGAUACAGAUCCUAGCUAUCCGGGCACAGGUGGAGGAACUGAUCAUAGAUGAAGAAAGUCUUGCAUUGCUUGGAGAAAUUGGUCAACAAACAUCCUUAAGACAUGCAGUCCAGCUAUUAUCUCCGGCGAGCGUCAUGGCAAAAAUGAAUGGUCGUGACAAAAUAUGCAAGGAGGAUGUUGAGGAAGCAAGUGCACUCUAUCUUGAUGCCAAGUCUUCAGCAAAACUUCUUCAAGAGCAUCAGGAAAAAUACAUUUCGUGAUUAAAGCAGCUUAUUAUGUGAUCUUUGCCAGCAGCAAGUUAGCUGAUGAAUUUUGUUGUGAUAUUUUCCUUGUGGUCUCAUUACUUGCCUUAGUACAUGUUGAAGCAAGAGGGUUUACACUUUGCUUUUUGUGCCCUGCGUACUGUGUGUGAAUCCAAUUCGAAUAUGGUGGCAUCAAGCUGGUGAAACUGUGAUUUCUUUUCCCC